AUGUUUAAAUCAGUUGCAAAGUAUAGUAACAUUCGUCCUUUAUUAUUGUUCAAAAGAUCAUCACUUCCAUCAAAAUCAUUUCACUUCGUCUAUUUCGCAGGAAGCACUAAUAAUACUAAAUCACUUCAUACGACACGUUUUCUGGGAUCUGACAUUAAAAACAGUAACAAUGAUAAAAAAAUAAGAAAAACUUUUCAUAAUAAAAACAGCAACGCGAUUCCGAAUCUUUCAACAAAUUCCAAUCCUAACAAAAACACGUCUAAUAAAAGAAAAUCCAGAAUUCUUUUAGUUUUAGGUUUAUUGGCUGUUGGUUCCAGUUUAUUUUCAAUUAGUUACCAAAAAUCUCCACCACAAGCAUUUUUAGAAGAAGUCGACAUUAUGAGCAAAGAAGAAUCUCUUCCAAAAAAUUUAAAUAUUAUUUUUGUUUUAGGUGGUCCCGGUGUAGGUAAAGGUACUCAAUGUGACAAAAUCGUAAAAGACUAUGGGUUUGUUCACCUGAGUGCCGGUGAUUUGUUAAGAGCCGAACAAAGCAGACCAAACUCUGAAUAUGGCGAAUUAAUUAAAGAUUAUAUCAAAGAAGGGUUAAUUGUGCCACAAGAAGUUACUAUUCAAUUAUUGAAAAAUGCCAUUUUAGAAAACUAUAAUAAAAGCCAUCAACUCAAUUUUCUGAUCGAUGGUUUCCCAAGAAAAAUGGAUCAAGCCAUAACUUUUGAAAAGACUGUACAUCCAUGCAAAUUUGUUUUAUUUUUCGAUUGUUCCGAAAAAGUUAUGCUGGAAAGACUGUUGAAAAGAUCAAAAACCAGCGGUAGAGAUGAUGAUAAUAUGGAGAGUAUUAAGAAAAGAUUUAAAACUUUUGUGGAAACUAGUAUGCCAGUUAUUCAAUAUUUUGAACAACAGCAUAAAGUUGUUAAAAUAAACUGUGAAAAAUCUGUCGAAGAGGUGUACAAAGAUGUUCAAAAUGCUAUUAAAGACCAUGAAUGA